AAAAUCCUGUUAUAAAAACGCGUUUAAACAAUUAGUAUCGUUUAGUUGACAGUGCGUAAAUUACUGGUGUAGUAAAUAAAUAUAAAUAAUAAGAUUGCAAGGCAUAUAUUUUUCAUUUCCAGGAGAUAAUGACCCGUACAGGAACAAACAUGAUAUUUGGAAUGUAUACAUAUAUUGUUAUUGUCACAUGUCUUUCAAUCACGUGCGUAUGUUUGUUGGAAGAUGAAAAAUGCACGUUCGAAUCGGACAUGCUCACAUGCGACAACAUGGUUCCGCCCACAGUGCCGCCAGGUGUAACGGAAGUGUAUAUAACUAUUGACAGUUACACUGUGUAUUUUGAAGACGAGAUGUUCGCUGAUAAAAGCUGGGAGACAGUAAGUGUAUUAGAUAUAUACGCGCAAUCCUAUGAACGGAAACCAAAUUUUCAUGUUAGAUUUCAAGAUGGAUGUUUCAAGUCCUUACCUAAGCUUACAGAACUUCGUUUCCACGGAGACAGAAUAUCUUUCUUUGAUGCAGAAGCACUCGCAAGCAAUGAUCAUUUAAAAGUGCUUGAAUUUUCAUCGUGUCCAUUGAUGGAAUUUGAUUAUUUUCUUAAAUCCCUUUUAAGAGUAAACAUAACGAUAGAUAAACUAACACUGAGUCAUAUCUCAAGCGGAAGUGGUGACUAUUGUAAAAUUGAUGACCAGUUUAUCCAGAUGAUAGCAAGAUGCGGGGUUAGCAAUUUAAAUCUCAGCAACUCUAAUGUUAUUGUUCAAAGCAUCCCAGAUUUGCCAAAACGUCCUAACCCUUUGAGGAGCCUUGACUUGUCAAAAGUGUACUUCAGUCACCUUGGUAUGAAUAACGAUAUGAGAAGCAUUUAUGAAACAUACGAUUACCUCACGGAUGGUCUAAUUUCAUUAAAUGUUUCUGAAUUUCCAUUGGAGCGCUACAUCCAACCAAAACCUCUUGAUUCAAAAGAUAUUACUCAUUGCGCUCAGCUAAACUACAAGAAUAUUAAAUUCCUUUUUAAAAUUGAAAACGUGUAUGCUGAUGCAAUUUUUAAGUCGAACACAGUUAUCAUAGACAACAUAUUCAUAAACAUUUCAACUUGUUCGGUGAAGUUGAAAACAUUUCAGUUUAGACGAAACCGUGUAAAAUAUGUUAAUAUGACACUUUACUUACCUACACAAAACAACGUUACCAAGUUUGAUAUAUCAUUCAACGAAAUUAUUUAUUUUUCUCCAUAUGCAUUCAAAACUGCAACAUCUUUAUUGACCCUGAAUCUUGACAAUAACAAGUUAGGACAAAUGGAAAAUCUACCAGAAUUUGGCGAACUACUUCAUGAUUUAGCCUCGUUGAAGUAUUUUAGUAUUGCUGGAAAUAGAAUUUCAAGUUUACCUUACGACUUUUUUAGAGGUAAUUCGUAUUUACAAGUCGUAGACUUGUCGGAGAAUAUAUUUGAGACAAUUACAUUCAAAGUAACCAAUAUGCACUAUUUACUUGUGCUAAAUUUAAGUUUUAAUCGUAUACAUUUCCUUGAGGGAAAAUCACUUGAAAAUGUUCAGAUAUAUUUAACGCGGUAUGACAAAAACAAAGUUAUUCUAGAUUUUUCUGGAAACCCAAUUGAAUGCAGUUGUAAAAGUGUUAAUUUUAUAGAAUGGAUACUAUCUGACUUACAACCGCAUUUGAAACAUAGGUACACGUGUGACAUGGAAGGUAAGACAACUGAAAUCGAUGACCAUUCCUUGCAAAAGUCAAAAUACUAUCUAUGUUACCGCACCUGUAUUAUCGUGGCUGGUUCUAUUUGUGCUUUCUUUAUACUGCAUCUCUGUGCGUCAGGCUGUGUUUUGCUGAUUGUAACGAAAAAGAUGCGAAGAGAAAAAAAUGCUCAGGAGCUUUUUCUUAAGAACUUCUUAAAAAGAAGAUUGAAGGAGCAAUAUCUUUGUCAGAUCUCAUAUGCAAGUGAAGAUGAAAUCUGUGUUUUAGACACCAUAAAUCCUAAUUUGAAACGCGCUUUAAACAAACAUGUUGCAAUUGAGCGUGAUUGUAUUUGUCUCGGAGACACGCAUUUCAAUUUGGGCCGUCCUAUUAUUGAGGAAAUCCUACGGUGUAUUUCCAAGUCAUGUGUCAUGAUUUAUGUGAUCUCUGAAUAUUUCUGUCGGAGUCAGUGGUGUCAAAUGGAAUUGCGGGAAGCAUAUGAAAUCAACAAACCAAUUAUAUUGAUUUUGAAAGGGGAAGUACCAGAAAAUGAAAUGCCAGACCUGCUGUCGACCAUAUUUAACCGGUAUACCAGAGCAAAACUUGUCAUCGAAGAUGGACAAUAUAAGCUCAUUCCGGACUGGAAAUCUCUAUGCGAGUCAAUUAUCAAGUUAGCUGCCAACAGUUAUGUUGACAAGCUGAAUAAUGAAAAGCGAAAGAAUAACAAUAAGCAGGAGGAUAUAACCAUUGUUUAAAAUGUCAUGUACAUGCGUUUGGUGUAACUGCAUUUCAUUCAUGCUUAUACUGUAUCUAUUUAUUAAGGUAUUGUGUUGUAACACAGUAAAAUCAGAUGUAGGAUAAUUCGGAAGAAAGAAAAAUAUGAAAUAAAGUAAGCUUCGUCGUAUUUCCGACAUUUUAUUCACGUUUUAACGUAACGUAAAGUAACGUUUCGAGAAUAACAAGACAUUGUCUCUAGCUUUUAUAUACUUUAAUUAAGCAAAGCAAGAAAUACACAGUCAUGAUUCGCAAUCUUUCUAUUUAUUUCACAUAAAAUUUGACAAGAUUGUGAUCAUACAGGCAGAAAUCAUGCUUCCUGAAAAACGAACUAGAACAUUGUUAGAGACCACUAAUUGUUUUCCCAUAGACAUCCAUUAUAACAUUAUGGCCCUCCAUAAAUCGAAACAUGUGUAUCUAAUCACAUAUUUUUCAAGAACUAUUUUAGUUCCACCAAAAUAACGGCCGAAAAACAUGAAUAGUGAUACUUUAUUUAAGUAAUUUUCGUGUGAAUGACAUGACCUUCUGUUUACAUGGAGGAAUUCGUUCGAUAAAACCUUUUACCAAUUCACAAAAAAUGUAGCAAGUUUUGUCAAAAUGUACAAUGAAAUAGUGUAAAUGCAGUUAACAAUUUUAUUUCUUUUUUUUUUAAAUAAUAACUUCUUGCAUUUGUUUACUCUGGUAUAAGCAAAUACGUGAAGGAAUCGACGGAAAGGUGUUGAAAUUAUUAAGAUCCAUGUUCGUGCGUGAGACACAAUACAUUAUCAGAGUUUUUCAACUGCACCGUAGGAUUAUUUCAGGGGGACUGGAUAACCUCACCGAUUUUGUUUUGUCACUUUAUAAAUGACCCAGAAGUUGCUUACAGCAAAAUAUAUUCUCGGGAUUAACUUCAGUUGAAUAUACCUUAUUAUGUUUGCCGAUGACUGUGUAUUGCUAAGCGAAAACAGCCGAGGGGUUACCAAUGCACUUACAUCAAUUAGAAACAUAUUGCAAAAAGUGGAAUUUAAGUGUCAAUAUAGAUAAAACGAAAAUAAUGGUGUUCCGUAAAGGCGGUCGUUUAGCCUGAAAUGAGGAAUGGACAUAUAACGGUCAGAAAAUAAACAUAAUAGAUAGUUUUAAUUACCUAGGAUUUGUACUGAGCACAGGUGGUUCUUUUCGCAAGGGACUAGAGACCUUAGCUGCUAAAUCACUUAAAGCAAUGUUUUCUCUAAGAAAUUUGACUAAAGAUUUGGCUUUGCCACUCAAAAUUACAUUUUAUUUAUUCGACACAUAUGUCGCACCCAUACUCAGUUACUGUUCGGUGCUAUGGGGAUUUUUACAAGCAGAAAAUAUUGAAAGUGUCCACAGAAAAUUCUUAAAGCGAACUCGUAAUGUUAAAAGUCUACAAACUGCCUUGCAUUAUACGGAGAGACUGGAAAGUAUCAGCUCAUUAUUAAUAGGAAAGUCCAUAUAAUUGUGAAAUAUUGGUUUAAACUUAUGAAUAGCUUUAACACCAAUUGUAUUUUAGAUGCUGUAUAUAAUAAUAUGCUUUAUAGGUGUGAAAGAAAAUAAAAAUUCCUGGUUAACAAACGUUUGCAUGCUUGUGUAAUAUUGUAAUACGUAUGUAUUAUUGAUGAUAAGCUGUACAUGCUUAAGUCAAAAUAAACCUAUGUUCUGUUU